AUGGCUCAGCCAUUAACAGAAACUCAGAAGCAAGGGUCUCUUCAAAGUCAAAACAAGCUUGCUGGGUUCCACACUGAAGUCGUCGGUGUCAGUCUGAAAACACUGACUCCGUACAGAAUCUACAGGAGAACAGUGGCGCCCAAAGUCAAAUUGGAGAGACCUAACCUGACUGGCAAAGAGCGCCAGACCAUCAUCAGAGAAAUGUGGAAGCACCUCAGCUCCAGAGAGAAAUGGGAAGCCGAGAAAGCCAAAUUCAAAGCCAAAACUCUCGAACUGAAGAGCGAGUUCAUGGCCCACAUGAAGACUCUGGACCCCACAGGCAAAGACACAGAGAUUCUGAAGGAGUUCGAACUGAUCAAGGAGGAAGACUCCGAAGACGAAGAAGAGUCGCCGGAAGAAGGAGCAGUCCACUAA